AUGAUCUCCCCCCACAAGCCCCAGUCGACUUCCCCCUUACCCCCUCCGCCCCCUCCAAAAGCCAUAGAUCUCAAUAGCUCUACACGCUCGACCGACAGGGAGACUGGUGCUAAGAUAGUCCGGAGAGCUUUUCAUUGUGAUCUCAUCUUGAAAUCACAUGGUGAUGACACUACCCACCUGCUCGAGGAGCUGGGAUCGCCGCUUGCCCCCGUAUCCAGUGACAAUACGCCUCCUCGAGUUGACGUCGGAUCAGAAUACUCUCCAACUUCACAGGGACGCCUGGCAGGACUGCUGGAGGAACUUGUACGGACGGAAAAAAGCUACUUGCAGAGGAUCAAAGCAUUGAGGGAUCGAUACGCCAUUCCGCUGCGCCUAUUCGCCAAGAAUGCUGCAGAAAUGAUAAUCCCGCUGUACGAGAUCAAAAGCCUCUUCUCCAACAUCGAGCUCGUGGUGUCGGCUUCAGAGACAUUCCUGUCCGACUUGGAAGAGGCGACGCCGGAGGACGUGGGAAGUAUCUGCUUGCGACACCUCGAAGCCAAGACGUUUGAUCCGUAUAGGACCUAUCUCAGUAAUCAAGAGGCGUCACAGAAGACCCUCAACGAAGUUUUCAAGAAGUAUCCUGGCUUCGCGUCUUUCAUCGAGAGGACAAAGUAUUCAACAACCGGCAUUGGCAACAUCGGUCUCCGAGAACUUCUCAUGGAACCUGUGCAGCGUAUUCCCAGAUACACUUUGUUGUGGCAAACGAUGAUUCGAUGCAUGCAUCCCAGCUCGGCUCAGAGAGCUGCACUUGUCAGCAGCGUUACGCUGGCUUCAAAAAUUGCCCGCUGUGAGCCAGACGAGCAGACUGUCCGAGCGACGGUGAUGUAUUGUUUGGAAAGGAAUGUGGAUGGAUUCCCCGCGACACUUUUCAGCAAUCAGAGGACCUUUAUCGACUCCCUCGACGUGGAUGACCUCGAUCGCGCCUCCGUAUCUACUGCGAACUCCAUCAACUCCCUUUCAACGUCCGGGUCCACUUCCCCACAACAACAUCUUGCAUCAACUAGCGGUGCACAUUGUACUCUUUUCCUCUUCAACGACAAGCUCAUGAUAGUGAAGAGGCACUCCUCCACUAUCUCCGGGCCCAAAGUGACAGGGCUGGAUGAUGUUUCUCGUCUUGUCAAAUCUGGAGGGGGCGUGGCUGUGCUCGACAAAAGCGGAGGGAAGAAGGAUAAGCUCUUCUUCAGGGGACUGGUCGACAUCGGGGAUAUCAUUGUGACCGACGUGGGGAAUGGUGACUUCCAAAUGUUUCUGCCCCGGCCCCCGACGGAUCAAUCAGACCGUUGGAGUCGGCCGCUCAGGUGCUUCACGACUGUGCAUCCUCCAUUCGGUGCUCUCGACGCAAACGCCAUCCGUCGGGACAAGAUGCGCUUCGUCGAGAACCUGUGGGCUGCCCAGGCCAGAUUACGGUCCUCCUCGAGUAGAGUCUUGGUCAGUCGAGAGAUCUCACUUGAGCCGAUCGAAUCUUUCAGUCGGGCCAAAUGCAUGUGGAGCAUCACCGACGAUCCCUCUCGACCUACUCCCAAAGUCGUGUGCUUUGUCGAUGAGAGUGAGAGUCCGGAAAUGCUUGCUUUGGGGGAGUCACUGCUGGUCUUCCAUUUGCAGCCCCUCCCAGGCGGUAUGUGCCGCAUCUAUCAUGUCAACGUUGCUGGUGAUGAAGGGAGAACCGUGGUGGACUGCUCUGAGGCUCUUGAGCGUGUCCUUACAACAAUCCAUCGAUACGGAAUCUUCAAAUUCAGGACUUCAUCGACAUCAGCACCGGCAACUCCUUCCUCUGGUUCACAUCGAUUACGUCCCUCCCUGCUCAACCUCGACACCAUUUCGCGCAAUCUGUUUGGAAGCGGUGCCUUAACCAAAGACCCAUUCGGGACUAAUAGUACAAGGCGGACAAAGUCUUCCUCGACAAGUCGAUCGUCGGAUCGGUCAAGCUUCUCGAGGCGUGUUGCAGGAAAUGACGACGUGGUCUCGAACGGGCCAUAUCAGCUUCACACCAACCCGAGCGAGGUUGAUCUCGAGGCCCGACUCAACCUAGCAAGAAACAACAGUCGGUCGAUGGCAACGCUUGCGGAUCCUGGCGUUAUGGCCACCCGUGAGGCUGCCAAGAAGCGUAUCUCGGUCGAGGGCAGGCAAUGGACCGGCGAGCUCGAGAAUGCUGAGCCUUUGUUGACGACGUCCCCCAUGGAGGCUGAACGUGGACGACCUCUAGAACGUGACACCUCUCCGCUUAGCGUGGAACCUACCUCGGAUACUGCUGGUCCAGCAAGCACCGGGUUCGUCGAGCUACUUCGGCAGCAGAUCGAAGCACGUGAAGCGGAGACAAGAGCGGGUCUAGUGCGAACGCUUGAUCGAACUGGCUCUCCGGAACCUCUGCCGGUGACGGCACCGCUUCGGAUACGCAACAAGACUCCCUCACCUACCAGACCUUUGAGAACACCUGCAGGAGAUGUCUUCACAUCACCGAGAUUGGCGAGUCCGCCUGCAGCUGCUCACAGACCCUUGUCUCCUCUAGCCGGUCCACGUAGCCCACCUCCACGAGGACCACGGACUCCGAAUCCGUUACGUAGCAACGCGGCCGGAAGCUCAACUCAACCACACCCCAAGAUAUUGCCGAUGUUGGACCCAGUUCGAACUCCUGGUCUUGGUUCUGGACACACGAAGCUCCGCGUCGUUUCCGGGAACGGCCGACGAGUGUCGCCAGGACGCGAGACAAUGCCACUCAAAGACGAAACCCCUCUUGCCACAGUUCCUGUCCAUGCUGUACCUAAGCGCCAACAUUCCGAAGAUCAACUCCAGCCCCGAAAACGGUCACCUCCACGCACUCCACUUGCAUCGAAGGAGAACUCUCCUCGUGUCGGAGUUCUGAAUAGUCAUCGACGAAGUUCAGGUCCACGCAGCGCUGGUCCUCUCACUACACCUCGACUUAUCUCGGGAUCGACUGUUGCUUCGGAGACAGAGUAUAUGGACACGUCAGCUGCCAUAGAGGCUGCGAGGCAAAGGGUAGCAGAGUCUCACGCCGUUGUCAAGCGACUGAAGGCGGAUGUUCAGUCUUUGCGGAAGAUAACGAACGGACGCAUGGACAGGACCCCCUCUCUUCCACGGUCUCCACACCGACGUGAUAUCAAGCGAUUGGUAGACAUCAACGUCAUCUCAGACUACUCUCCUCGUAUCGGACACGACGGUGUGACAGAUGAGACUGCUCGUAAUAUGGGAGCUACGGUCGAAAAGCUGGAGAGCGCCUUGCGUUCCGCGAUAGCCGACAUGAACAAGGCCGCCAAUCUUGCGAAGGAAGUGUCGUUGGAAAACUCUCAAAAGUCGGCGGAAGUUGAGCGACUGAAAGCGCAGGUUUUGAGAGCCAAAGAAUAUCAAGACUUGCUACGGCAGCAACUUUCGGAGGUUCAGUUGGAGGUGGAUGUCAUUUACGAGGCUUUCAACACGGAAUUGGAUGGAAUGUUCAACGAUGCCGCGUUGCCCCCAGACGAGGCAUUCGCGGCUCUCAGGAGGGAUCUCGAGGAUGCCACGACGAAACGUAAUGAGCUUGACCUGGAGAAUAAGAAAUUGAAAAGGGAAUUACAGGAGGCAAAUAUGAAACGGGAACAGUGA